AUGAGCAGCAGCAGCAACUGCACCCGCAGCACCAACGGCAGCAGCAGCAACACUGCCCGAAGCAACAGCAGCAGCAGCAACAGUGCCCGAAGCAACAGCAGCAGCAGCAACAGUCCCGCAGAAGCAAAGUCAGCCACAGCCACAGCUGCAGCAGCAGCAGCAGCAACAGCACACGCACCAGCAAAGCCAACAGCAGCAGGAGAACCUGCAGCAGCGCCACCCCCACCCACAACAGCGCCCGCAGAAACAAAGCCAGCAGCAACAGCAACAGCAGCAGCAGCAGCAGCAGCAGCAGCAGCAGCAGCAGCAGCAGGUCUCUUUACAUUGAGUUUUCGGAGCUUCGCGCUGUGCGUCUCUAUCCAGGCCAGAGCCUCUGCUGUGGAGUCGCUCAGCAGCGCGUCGACUACAGCAGCAACUUCCCCGUGGACUUCGCCGUCCCAAAAGUCCUGCAGCAGCAGCAGCAGCAGCAGCAGCAGCAGCAGCAGCAGUAGCAGUAGUAGCAGCAGGAGUAGCAGCAGCGGCCAGUUGACGCGAAGUGCGAAGGCUGCAGUCCUGCAGCAAACAGACCCGCAGCAGUUAGCGGCAGCCCCAGCCGGCGACAGCAGCAGCAGCAGCAGCAGCAGCAGCAGCGGCAGCAGCGGCAGCAGCAGCGGCAGCAGCGGCCCAGCGGCUGCUGCUGCUGAAGGCUGCAGCAGAAGAAGCCACCAGAGGCUACACAUAGAGACGCAGGCGGCGCUGCCACCAGCAGCAGCGAGGCCCAGCGACACGCAGCAGCAGCAGCAGCAGCAGCAGCAGCAGCAGCAGCAAAGAGUGGCCAGGCACGCAGCAAAAGAAACUAUGCAGCAAAAGGCCAGCACGGCAGCCACAGCCAAAACAAGAGGCUGA